GAGCGUCGGCUCCAAAUUCUGCAAGAUGGCGGCGUCCAUAGCAAACCUGUUAAAGCCGUGGACUCCGAGGUUGUGUGCAGUGCGGUGGAGCCGCUAUAACCCAUACUACCUGGAGCCAGAGACCCGUAAGGAUGUAUAUAAGAUCCCAGAUACGGAGUUGAGUCCAGAGCAGAAAGAAGAAAAAGAGCUAAAAACCACCCGACCAAUCAAAGCUGCAGUGACCAGCAUCACCAGCUCACCCUUUAAUGACCCAGUCAUAAGCAAGUUCAUCAAUAUGAUGAUGCAAGAUGGCAAUAAAGUCCUGGCCAGAGAAAUCAUGACACAGACUCUAGAGACUAUAAAGCGGAAACAGGUGGAGAAAUACCACAGAGCUCCAGCAGCAGAAAAAGAGGUCAUCGAGUGUAACCCAUACACAAUAUUCCAACAGGCCAUCGAAAACUGCAAACCAGUCAUUGGACUAGCAAGCAUUCAGAAAGGAGGAAAGAAUUACCAGGUCCCCAUCCCUCUGAAGGACAGCCGCCGGCGUUUCCUAGCCAUGAAGUGGAUGAUCACGGAGUGUCGAGAAAACAAGCACCGCCGCACACACAUGUACGAGAAACUCUCUCAGGAGCUGCUGUCUGCUUUCGGCAAUGAGGGAAACGUCAUCAAACGCAAACACGACCUUCACAAGAUGGCCGAAGCUAACAGAGCGUACGCUCAUUACCGCUGGUGGUAAUGGAAGAAAUACAGACUUGUGAUUAUUCUGUAGUCGUGCAUCUUCACUUGGACUGGUUAUGUUGGAAGAGUUGGUGGACUGCUGCACUGAACAUCAGCACAUUUAUUUAUCAGUGUUGACAGUGAUGGCUGUUUAAAUGACCACAAGCUUCUGGCUUUCACUGUUUAACCAGAUAACGUAAGUCAAAACUCAAGCCUGUUUUGAUUUAAGUUAUCCAGCUUCUUCAGAUAUCCUGCUCUGUGAAACAGCCCCCUUGUUUUCAUUAUGUGGUUAAAACAUGGGAGGGUAUACUACAAGUUAUUUGGUUCAGUUCCAGGUAACAAUGUGUUGAACCCUGUGUAGGUGUGUUCAAUGCAGUCACUUUAACAUUAGCUCUAAAUUAACAUGCUGAGGUGUAAAUCUGUUAAGACCUUUAUACCGUAAUUCAGAGACAUCCUGAGGUUUGUUCCCCAUAAUAAUGUUAAUAUACGUGUGUUUGUGCUUUUAUUAUAAUACCUGAAUAAAUGUUAAAUGAAUGUCA